ACAUAGUAGCUAUCAGUCUGGACACGCCAUGGCUGGCCUGUGGUUGCUCUGGUGGCUCUGCCAGUUGACUUUUGGUUCCUCCAGCCAAACUCGCAUAGUGGGCGGCAAGGAGACAACUAUUUCCCAGGUUCCAUACCUGGUUAAUCUGCGCCAGAAUGGUUAUUUUAUAUGCGGUGGAUCGCUGAUCUCCACCAGCGUGGUGCUCAGUGCAGCGCAUUGUGUGUAUGGGUCCCAGCCAGAGGAUUACACCAUCCAUGCCGGCGCCAGUCGGUUGGAUGAAGGUGCUCCCGUGGUUCGCAAUAUAGCCAUGUUCCACACUUCGCCCAGCUACUCUGCCACCAAUUUCGACAUGGACGUAGCUUUGUUGCAACUGCAGGAGCCUGUACUUCUUAUUCCGGGUAAAGUUGCCACCAUUACUCCUUGUCGCAAUGCGCCGGAGGCCAAUGCAUAUGCCAGGAUUAGUGGUUGGGGAGUGACCCGCGAGAAUAACCGUGAUCCUGCUGAACAGGUCCGAACGGCCAUGGUGAGAGUGCUGCCGGGCGCGGAAUGCCAGCUGUCUUACUCCGUGUUUGCCCAACUAAGCGACUCCAUGCUCUGUGCCGCCGUGCGUGGUGUCCGGGAUUCCUGCUCCGGCGAUUCAGGCGGUCCUUUGGUCUACCGCGGACAGGUUUGUGGCAUUGUGUCCUGGGGAUUCGGCUGUGCCCGUCCAGCUUUUCCGGGUGUUUACACCAACGUGGCUAGUGGAAGGGUUUAUGCUUUUAUAGAGCAAACUCUACAGAGGAUUAGGAACUAGAUAUAAUGGAAUUUCUACAAUUCUUUACAAUCUGAAGAAUAAAGAUACCUUAUUUUGAUCAACA